AUGCUAUCGACCACAACCGAUGGAGAGUUUUCGACUGCCAAUCUGAUCCAUGGCUAUUCGUUCAAUCCUCUUCCAGAGAACAGCUAUUUCUUGCUUUCUACGCUGAGUGAAGACUACGACAAUUACGAAGCAGAGAAGAAUCGAGAAGAAUCGAAGCUGGAUUUCUUGCUGAAUAGCCAUCAGAAUUUUGCUGCAGCAGAAAUCGGGAUUUCUCGAAAGAACCGACCGAUUCUUUCGCGAAUUCGCCAGCCUUCGGUUGCUCAGUUAAAUUCGGAUGAUGCGAUAAUCGAAGAAGAAGAAGAAGAAGAAGAAGAAGAAUCAGGAGGAGAAGGCAAUGAAUCAUCCGAUGACUAUAGCGAUGUCUCUAGUAUUCCUCCGAAUUCUCAAAUGAGUACUGGGCAUCAUUUGAGAAACUUCUCGUCGGUGUCCUUAACUCGAGGGGAAAACGAUGUAGAUGUGUUUCCCAAGAUGGAUGUUAGAACUCCCAGCAUUGUAGCUCGAGAACAGCGGGGAGAAACUGUGAGUACGCAUCGAAGAACUCCAAGUAUGGGGAUUGUGAGUCGUCAUGUGGAUGAUUAUUCAAGUCUGGGAGUACGAUCUUCAAAAGGAAGCAGAGUAUCAAGUGAAAAAUGA